AUGUUAGCCCUUUUCUACGCUACUGAAUUGAACAUAACGAAGUUUACGGAAACGAAAAUGUUUCGCUACUUGGUUUUGUUCUAUUUCGUCGGCCAGCUACAUAACGCUCAGGGAAGCGCAGUAAACAAUGAUGUGGUUAACGACAAACAACUGUUAUUAGCAUUUGUUGUCAACCGGCAUGGAGAACGGACGCCUGACGCUGAUGAACUGUCGCUUUCCAACGAAAAAGAGAAACUGAGAAAGCUUACAAGUAUUGAAGGUCUCGAAGGACUAACAAAUGCUGGCAAACGUACAGCCUUCCAAAUCGGAAAGUUUAUCCGACAACGUUAUGGCUCCCAAGGAUUGAAGAUGUUAUCAAACAUCUAUCUUCAAGAUGAGAUAUCACUUAGGAGUACGGACAAAGAGCGGACAAAAAUGACGGCCGAAGUCGCAAUGGCGGCCGUGUACCCCCCAGAAAAACCUCAACAGUGGGACGAAGGUUUGGGCAAGGUUUGGCAGCCGGUUCCAUACACUGCCGUGCCUUUACGGGAAGACUAUCUGCGCUAUUACUCCAACUGCGAAAAGUUUAAAGAAUUAAUGGAAAAAGCUAAAAAAAGAAUCGAUUUAUGA